UGAAAGCCCCGAUAGGUUUGGGUUUUUUUCUUUUAAUUCAAUGGCAUAGAGGGUAGAAAUCAAACACAGGAAAGAACUGCUGAUUCAAGAACAUGUUGCAGGGUCCCCCACCUGUCCUUGAGACCCCAGGCACCUGUGUGGGCAGGACCCCUGGGUCUCACUGCCAGUUCUGUCACAGGCUGGUGAUUUAUGCCUCUGUGGCCCCAGCCUUCAGUUUCUCCCACACCAGCAAGUAGGACAGGUGAUUUUGAUAAGCCUUUCAUCUCUGGUCUCAGGCCCUAAUGGAAAAUCCUUGAAGAUGGUUCUGAUUAAGAUCAAGGAAGCCGUUUGAUGUGUCACGUAAUUUCAGUUCCAUGAAUGAAGGAUCAUUGAGUCAUGCUAGAGAUUGAGUCAUACUAGAGAUAAAUCUAAUUGUUCAUUCCUUCAUUUUUAUUAGUGUUAUCCAAAUAGUUAUUGUCAUUUUUAGUAAACACAAAGUUUGCCAAGUCCCAUAUAUCUUUAGUGACUCAGAAGCACCGUACAUUGGUAUAGCGUGGUAGCUCUUAACCUGGAAGGUUCCUGUCCUGGGAACUUAACGCUUGUCCCAGUUGGAGGGCAGAGUGUUCAUGACCUCUGGUAGGUAGAACCCAUAGGUGCUCCAAAAACAUCCUCCAGUACCUCGACAGACUAACACAACUGAGAAUUUUACCUGACUCCAGUGCCCUCGUAGGUGGUUGGAACUUUGGGGUGUCCCAUAGCCAUCUGCAGCAGCAUUUGCUGGUUCUCUGAGUUGGAUCAGGUACAGGAGCUGUUCCUACUAUAGGUGUCCUCUCUUUGCAGUGGAUUAUGUUUCCAUGGUCAUCGCUUUCAAGGUGGAUACCUUAGGCGCACAAAAGGAAUUUUACACUGAUAAGGUUUGGGGAGUCCAAAUGUAGGCAUUUGACAUUCUUUAUGCAGAGGGUACAAAUAGAACUUUACCAUUUAGAAAGUUUUGUGAUUGCAUUUUGCAUACAUUGUAAUGAAUGGUAGAGUUAAACUUAUGCUUUGUUUUAUUAUGAUAGAAGUCUAGAAAUUUUGUUAUUCACGUGCAAACUAGUGUGCUUUGUGUGUUUCUUAGGCCUGCUAACUGGCUUUGUGCAGCACUUGGAGUGAGGACUGUGAGGUGUGUGCAGAGAGCACAGCUUUGGGCUGCACCUCUCCAUUUUACUUUAUGUACAGACAUCAUGUGAAGUAGAAAACACCGGAAGAAAAAAUCCCAGGAAAAUAAAAACAAAGGAAACAAACCCCAAGAUAUACAGCCGAAGACAAGUGAGCCAAAUUUCACCCCUGCAAAUAUGAGAGAUUCUGCAGACGGUCCUAAAGAAGAGGAAGAGAGACCUUUGGCUGAAGCGCCUGAACAGCCAGCUGUCCCGCAGGACGUGGUCAGCCAGGAUGUGCUUCCAGAACUGCUGAUCCCUGCCCCUGCCUGCGAGUCCCAGCCAGAGCCAGAAGGGAAACAAGAAGCCACAGACUGUGAGGCCAAUGACCUGGAGGAAGAGGAGGAGGAGGAGGAGGAGGAGGAGGAAGAUGAUGAUGAUGAUGAGUUGGAAGAUGAAGGGGAGGAAGAAGCCGACAUGCCAAAUGAAAAUUCUGUGAAAGAGCCAGAAAUACACUGUGAUGAGAAGCCAGAGGAUUUAUUUGAAGAAACAAAAAGCAUUUUAAAUGAAACUCCUGAAGAUGCUUCUGAGGUAACUCCAGUCAUCAGAAUCCCUGAAACUAAAGAGGAGGUCAAUGGUGAUGUAUUUGAAACGUUUAUGUUUCCGUGUCAGCAUUGCGAAAGGAAGUUUACCACCAAACAAGGGCUGGAACGCCACAUGCAUAUCCACAUGUCCACAGUCAAUCAUGCUUUCAAGUGCAAGUACUGCGGGAAAGCCUUUGGCACACAGAUUAACCGGAGGCGGCAUGAGCGUCGCCACGAAGCAGGGCUGAAGCGAAACCCAGGUGCCACAGUGCAGCCGUCGGAGGACCUGGCUGACGGCAGAGCUUCUGGAGAAAAUGUUGCCCCUAAAGAUGAAUUGAGUCCUCCUCAUCUUGGGCAAGAUUGCCUGAUCCCAAACUCAGAGAAAGUUUCUCAAGAAACCACACAUGCUUCUGUUGUGGAAGAGAAUGGGGAAGUGAAGGAGCUUCAUCCAUGCAAAUACUGUAAGAAGGUGUUCGGCACUCACACUAACAUGAGACGGCAUCAGCGCAGAGUCCACGAGCGUCACCUGAUUCCCAAAGGCGUCCGGCGGAAAGGUGGCCUCCUGGAUGAGCCGCAGCCCCCUGCAGAGCAGGCCCAGCCCACCCCCAAUGUCUAUGUACCAAGCACAGAGCCAGAGGAGGAAGGGGAAGCAGAUGACAUCUACAUCAUGGACAUUUCCAGCAAUAUCUCGGAAAACUUAAAUUACUACAUCGAUGGUAAAAUUCAAACCAACAACAACACUAGUAACUGUGAUGUGAUCGAGAUGGAGUCUAAUUCAGCAGACUUGUAUGGCAUCAAUUGUCUGCUCGCUCCAGUUACAGUGGAAAUUACUCAAAAUAUAAAGACCACACUGGUCCCUGUAACAGAUGACCUUCCUAAGGAGCCUUCCAGCAGCACAAACUGUGAGUCCAAGAAACGGAGGACUGCAAGUCCACCUGUGCUCCCCAAAAUUAAAACAGAAACGGAUUCUGACCCCACUGCACCCUCUUGUUCCUUAAGCCUGCCUCUUAGCAUAUCAACCACAGAGGCCGUGUCUUUCCACAAAGAGAAGAGCGUUUAUUUAUCAUCAAAGCUCAAGCAGCUUCUUCAAACCCAGGACAAGCUGGCUCCUCCUGCAGGGAUUUCAGCAUCUGAGGUCCCUAAGUUAGGCCGUAUGUGUGUGUCCGCUCCUGCAUCCAUGUUAGCUGUGACCUCAAGCAGGUUUAAGAGGCGGACCAGCUCUCCCCCCAGUUCUCCGCAGCACAGUCCCGCCCUCCGAGACUUCGGGAAGCCCAGCGAAGGGAAAGCAGGGUGGUCAGACACAGUGCUCGCUCCCAAGAAACCCAAGCUAGAAAGUCGCAGCGACUCACCUGCCUGGAGUUUGUCUGGGAGAGAGGAGCGAGAAACUGGGAGCCCUCCUUGCUUUGAUGAAUACAAAAUAUCGAAAGACUGGGCAGCUAGUUCUACUUUUAGCAAUGUGUGCAACCAGCAACCACUGGAUUUAUCCAGUGGAGUCAAACAGAAGACUGAGGGGACAGGCAAGACUCCGGUCCAGUGGGAAUCUGUGUUAGAUCUCAGUGUGCAUAAAAAGCCUUGUGACUCUGAAGGCAAGGAAUUCAAAGAAAAUCAUUCAGCCCAGCCAACAAGUGCUGUAAAGAAAAAGAAACCAACCACCUGCAUGCUACAAAAGGUUCUUCUCAAUGAAUAUAAUGGCAUCGACUUACCUGUAGAAAGUACUCCUGAUGUGGCCAGGAGCCCAAGCCCGUGUAAAUCCCCAGAAGCCCAGCCAGAUCCUGACCUCAGUUCCGACUCUCGCUUCUCCGCCCCUGCUGCUGAGUCCCCUGAUGAAGUGUGCCCUCCGUCACCCACCCUACAGACGCCUUCCCAGUCAUCCAGUCAGCUGCCUCCUCUCCUGGUCCCCACAGAUCCCCCUUCCCCUCUGGCAUGUCCUCCUGUGCUGACUGUCGCCACUCCGCCCCCGCCCCUCCUUCCAACUCUCCCUCUUCCUGCUCCAUCUUCCAGUGCGUCUCCUCAGCGGUGUCCCUCUCCGCUCUCCAACGUGGCCGCCCAGUCUCCACUUCCAAUUCUUUCCCCAACUGUGUCGCCCUCUCCCUCUCCCGCUCCUCCCGAGGAGCCGCUCUUGUCGGCCGCUUCACCUGGGCCUCCCACACUUUCUUCUUCCUCUUCCUCCUCCUCCUCUUCAUUCUCUUCCUCAUCCUCAUCUUCAUCCCCUUCACCACCCCCUCUCUCAGCGGUGUCAUCUGUGGUGUCCUCUGGUGAUAAUCUGGAGGCUUCUCUCCCUGCAAUAACCUUUAAACAGGAAGAACUAGAGAAUGAAAGCCUAAAGGCCAGGGAGGAGCCCCAGUCCACAGUCGGGCAGGACAUUGUUCAGGAAACAUUCAGCAAAAAUUUCGUCUGCAAUGUUUGUGAAUCACCUUUUCUUUCCAUUAAAGACCUAACCAAACAUUUAUCUGUUCAUGCUGAGGAAUGGCCGUUUAAAUGUGAAUUCUGUGUGCAGCUUUUUAAGGAUAAAUCAGAUUUGUCAGAACAUCGUUUCUUGCUUCAUGGAGUUGGAAAUAUCUUUGUGUGUUCCGUUUGUAAAAAAGAAUUUGCUUUCUUAUGCAAUUUGCAGCAACACCAGCGAGAUCUGCACCCGGACGAGGUAUGUACGCACCACGAGUUCGAAAGCGGGACACUGAGGCCCCAGAACUUUACAGACCCCAGCAAGGCCCAGAUGGAGCAUAUGCAGGGCUUGCCAGCAGAUCCUUUGGAAACGUCCAAAGAAGAGGAAGAACUAAAUGAUUCCUCAGAAGAGCUUUACACCACCAUAAAAAUCAUGGCUUCUGGAAUAAAGACGAAAGAUCCAGAUGUCCGAUUGGGUCUCAAUCAGCAUUACCCAAGCUUUAAACCACCUCCAUUUCAGUAUCACCACCGCAACCCCAUGGGUAUUGGUGUGACGGCCACAAAUUUCACUACCCACAAUAUUCCACAGACUUUCACCACUGCCAUUCGCUGCACGAAAUGUGGAAAAGGAGUUGACAACAUGCCGGAGUUGCACAAGCACAUCCUGGCCUGUGCUUCUGCGAGCGACAAGAAGAGGUAUACCCCUAAGAAAAAUCCAGUGCCGCUGAAACAGACUGUGCAACCCAAAAACGGAGUGGUGGUUUUAGAUAGCUCGGGGAAAAAUGCCUUCAGGCGGAUGGGACAGCCCAAAAGACUGAACUUCAGUGUUGAGCUCAGCAAAAUGUCCCCAAAUAAGCUCAAAUUAAAUGCAUUGAAGAAAAAAAAUCAGCUGGUCCAGAAAGCGAUCCUUCAAAAGAACAAAUCUGCAAAGCAGAAGGCUGAUUUGAAAAAUGCCUCAGAGUCAUCGUCUCACAUCUGCCCUUACUGUAACAGAGAGUUCACUUACAUCGGGAGCCUGAAUAAACACGCUGCUUUUAGUUGCCCCAAAAAGCCCCUUUCCCCUUCCCGGAAAAAAGUUUCACACUCAGCCAAGAAAGGUGGACACUCAUCAUCUGCAAAUAGUGACAAAAACAGUAACAACCACCGCAGGCGGACGGCUGACGCGGAGAUUAAGAUGCAGAGCACGCAGGCGCCUCUGGGCAAGACCAGGGCUCGCAGCUCAGGCCCUGCCCCGGCCCCGCUGCCCUCCUCAUCCUUCAGGUCCAAGCAGAAUGUCAAAUUCGUAGCUUCAGUCAAGACCAAAAAACCGAGCUCCUCCUCUCUGCGAAACUCUAGCCCGAUACGCAUGGCCAAAAUAACUCACGCGGAGGGGAAGAAGCCCAAAGCCGUGGCCAAGAAUCAUUCUGCUCAGCUGUCCAGCAAAACUUCGCGGAACCUGCAUGUGAGGGUACAGAAAAGCAAAGCUGUCUUACAGAGCAAGUCCACUCUGGCAAGCAAGAAAAGAACAGACCGGUUCAGUGUAAAAUCUAGAGAACGGAGUGGGGGCCCCAUCACCCGAAGCUUUCAGCUGGCAGCUGCUGCGGACUCGAGUGAGAGCAGGAGAGAGGACAGCAGUGCCAAGCAGGAGCUGAAGGACUUCAGCCCUAGAGAAAUCAACAAGCCAGGUUCCAAAGGGGAAGAAGAGCAGGAGAGGGUGCUCGGAACUACAGGGAGGCAGGACCUCGAGGUCCUCUCGGGCACGUGUGGUACCCAGGGCAGCUCAGCCGCGUUUGUCAGUGCCUCUUUGCCCCGGAACUUCCUGUAGAAAAGUCCCCAAAACAAAACAAACUUUAAUUGACUAAAAGAUAUUGCAUGCUCAACUUAGAAUAAGCACUACGGCAAAGGAUACGAGAUCUACCAAGCUUGCAAGACCAGUGGAAGCUGACUCAAAAGUUGUAACAUACAGCUGAUUGCCUCCAGGCUUCUUGCUGCCCUGGUUAGAGUCAGGCAUCCGCUCCUUCGCUGGCGCCCACACACGUGCUGGGCUCCUGGGUGAUUGACAUCCAAAGAAAAGGGCUCUGUCAGUCCGGCUAGAUGAACUGGCUCCUCGUCACGGGACCGGGAACUCAGAUCUGAGUGUGGCCCUUGUCUUUGGCACAUAGCAGAGAAGGGAAUGAUUUGAUCUUCACCUUGCAAAGCAAGUUCUCUGUUUUGUCAGUUUAUGGUAGAUUGCAGGGAGACAAAUUCAAAUGCACUCAUUUAAAACCAUUUGGUCAUACACCAGCUCUUGAUGCCUUUCUUUUAAAUGAACUCUAUAGACAGAGGCCUUUGGCUGUCUCUGACACCCCACCCUCCCCACCCCCCCUUUUCUUAAAUCACAAGCAGAUUGCCAGCAUAAUGGAGAGGAAACCAGACUGGAUAUGGACUCUGUGUAUGCCUCUUCUAGUGUCAUGUUUAUGUAUCCUAAUGGAUAUUAUCCUCUCAGAUUAUUAUCUGGCACUAAUUUAUAAUUAUUAUAUAUUAUGAGACUAUGUAGCAGUAUAUCAACUCACAGGAUGCAUCCCAGGCCUGUAUAGAUGUAUGCCUACAUGUAAGUAUAAAUGAAUUUACUUACAGGUUUUACACUUCAGUCUCUGAUAGAGAUUAAAACAAAUUUGGCCGCUUCCUAUGUCUGUGAAAAUCAUUUCUCCAUGCAUUUUAUGCCUCCCUCCAAAUUAAUGACUGAGUUGGUGGAAAAUGGCUAGGUUUUUUUCAUGCUGUUUUUUUGUUCUCAACUUAAACAGUAAUCUACCUCUUAAAAUCUGUAGUUUAAUACUUGUUUGGUGAAUUUGUGCCACUUUAACCCUUUCACUAUCAUUCCCAUUUUGUUACAUUUCUGUUAUGGGGACUUUAUGUUGAAAUACUGUAUAAAGCAUUUGUAGCAGUUUAAAAAUAAAAUAUUUAAAAUUAUUUAAAUUGUUUUGGACGCUUCAAUUGUAUUAUAUGUGAUUUACGUUUUACUUUUUUGUUUGCAUUGUUAAUCUGGAGAGUGUUCCUGUAUUGAAGUUUGCUGUUAGUUAUUUUAUUGCUUCUUGUUGGAGAGUGCUAUAAAAGACUAUUCUAAUGAAAACAUUAAAAUUUGCAAUUUGAUGUACAAAAGGGGUUGUUUGUUAAUUGUAACCAACUGAGCCUUGAGUGAGAGAGAGGAGUUGCUGAUAGACGCGAUGGUGUUUGCUGCUGGUCCCCUCCUAGCAUCAGGUGCACCACUGGCUGGUCAGAUGUGUAAAAGGCUUCCUUCCCAACCUGUUACUGCAAACACAACAAUUAGGGGAGACUCGAAUGAUGCAUCUUACCUAACUGUAACCAAUAAAAACUUUCUGAACACUU